ACAAAGUGACGUUAAUCGAGGCGCGUGGAAAGCCGAUCGCGUGGACAUUGUAUAGCAGAGAUCACAAGCUAUAAAGAGUUGCCGCUUCAGGGCCACUGUUUGAUUUAGAAUAGAGUUUAUGGGCCAGUUCAGCGGAGGUGGGGGCGCAGUGGCAGUGUGGCUGAGUUAGGCUAGUGUAGUGUUGACGGUGGCUGUAACGUGGCGGAGCUCCUCUCAGACACAGUCUCUCCGCGAUGUCCCCGGCACACACCUCUCCGUCCCGCCCCGACCACAGCGCCUCCCCAUCCCUCCCGACCCACCGUAGCGAGCCACCACCACCCACAACACAGGAAACAACGAAAUUCGUAGAUGAUCUUCCUUCAGACGGCCAAGAGUGCGAAACCGUGGAGGUGAGGGAAGGAGAGAAUGGGGGCCGGCAGAAGUGGGGCCGCCAGAUCGAGUUCAUCCUUUCCUCCCUCAGCUAUGCCGUCGGCCUAGGCAACAUCUGGCGCUUCCCGUACCUCUGCUAUAGGAAUGGUGGAGGUGCCUUCCUCAUCCCCUACGGUAUCAUGCUCAUCGUGUGCGGUAUGCCCCUCAUGUUCUUCGAGCUGUGCCUGGGGCAGUUCGGUAGAGAGGGACCAAUUACAGUGUGGAAGAUUUGCCCGCUCUUCCAGGGUAUCGGCUAUGCAAUGUUCAUGAUUAGUUUCUACAUUGGGUGUUACUACAAUGUCGUGCUGUCCUGGGCCAUCUACUACAUCUACUCCUCCUUCACCCACACCCUGCCGUGGACCUCUUGUGGGGAUGAAUGGCGCUCGGAGUACUGCAAGGAAUUUAAUUCCCGCAACUGCUCUCUGAAUGGCGGCAUCAUGAAUAUGACAGGCGAAUGUAUCUUCCGCAACAUGACCACAGAGGAGGAAUGGGACACCCUCAACACCACCACCAGUUUGCUCAAGAGCCCCGCCCAUGAGUACUUCCAUAAUCAUGUGCUGGACAUCACUGAUGGCCUGCAUGACAUGGGCGGCUUGCAGGGCAACAUUGUGCUAGCGUUGAUGGUGGCCUGGAUCAUUGUCUACCUUGUACUCAUCAAGGGUGUGGAGACUUUUGGCAAGGCUGUAUAUUUCACUGCAACAUUCCCGUACCUGAUUCUGAUUGUGUUGCUGGUGCGGGCAACUACUCUGCCUGGCUACAUGAAUGGUAUUAAUUUCUACCUCACUCCUCAGUGGGACAAGUUGUUUACAGCCAGUGUUUGGGGAGAUGCAGCCAUCCAAAUUUUCUUCAGCUUAUCUCCUUGCUGGGGUGGCCUCAUAACCUUGGCAUCAUACAAUAGAUUCAACAACAACUGUUAUAGAGAUGCAUUUGUGGUGUCCAUUGGGAACUGCCUUACCAGCUUCUUUGCUGGCUUUGUGAUCUUUGGCAUUAUUGGCUUCAUGGCUCAUGAGCUGGGCCUCCCAGUUGACAAAGUGGCAGUGCAAGGAGCGGGCCUGGCGUUCGUGGCUUACCCCGAGGCCGUGGCCCGCCUUCCUCUGUCGCCGGUGUGGUCCAUCUUGUUCUUCGCCAUGUUGCUGACUCUGGGUCUUGGCACGCAGUUUACUAUCCUAACCACCAUCAUCACCACCAUUACUGAUGACUUCCCAGCCCUGCGUGGCAAGAACUUCAAGUGGGCCCUCUUAGGUGCCUGCAUUGUCAUGUACAUUAUUGGGUUGUCUAUGGCAACCAAGGGAGGCAUGUAUGUCCUCCAGAUGAUGGACUUCUACUCCUCUACCUUUUCUGCCCUGAUGGUGGGCAUGGCUGAGGUUGUCGUUGUGACCUGGAUUUACGGCGUUGACAACUUCUUGGACGACAUUAAGAAGAUGCUGGGCUUUUAUCCCUACCCAAGGCAACUCUGGAAAUAUGUAUGGAAGUACGUCAUCCCUCUCGUAGUUGUGCUUAUCUUGGUUUUCACUUGGCUUGACUUCACACCUGCAAGAUAUGGUGAUUAUGAAUUCCCCUUCUGGGCCAAUGCCAUUGGAUGGGUACUGUCCUUUUCCUCUGUCCUUCUCAUACCUGCGGUGGCUGUUUUCAAAAUCUUGCGGGAAAAAGGUUCAUUCAUGGAGCGGGUGAAAAAGUUGAUACGACCCCUGCCCGAGUGGGCUCCCCCAGCUGAGGUGUGCAUCAGACCCAAUGACUCCUUUGGUGCCAAGCCACUACUCAAAGUGACCUCCUUUGGGUGGGGGGUGGACCAUUCUUGAGAAAUGGAAACCAUCAACCAAACAGGGAAAUAUAAGAACCCCAGUGAAGCAGGUACACGAUCACUGCAAUCAUAUAUAUCUGUCAUUCUGGAACUAUAACCCUUGAGUCUGAUUUAUAAGUCAUGUCACUUGAUUAACAUUCAAGAUCUGGGUGGUUCCCAGUUGUGAGUGUUAAAGAGGAUGUAUUCAGUGUAAUAUGUUCAUCCUUUAAAACCUGAACUCUUUUAACUCUCCUGUCUCCAGGACUACUUGUAAUACUUGCUUGCUAAUUUAUUUGUUUGUUGUAUCAUACUAUUCUCUUUAAUGUUUCAUCAGUUUGCACAUCAUUCACAUAUAUAUUUUAGUCUUCAUCCAUCUUAUUUCUCUGCAUGUGCAUACACUGUGGACACAUUCUCCUUUCCCUCCAUCCUGUGAUUCCUAUAAGUGAUCACUAACAUCUUCAUCUCAAAUUUCUCAACAAAGAGUGUUUCAUGCUUAGUGUCAUAUGUCUUG